UGAUGGAGGCUUUGGGGACUGGAUGGAGGCUUUAGGGGAUUGAUGGAGGUUUUGGGGGAUUGAUGGAGGUUUUGGGGUCUGGAUGGAGGCUUUAGGGGCUGAAUGGAGUCUUUGGGGACAGGAUGGAGGCUUUGGGGGAUUGAUGGAGGUUUUUGGGGAUUGAUAGAGGCUUUGGGAUCUGGAUGGAGGCUUUGGGGUCUGGAUGGAGGCCUUAGGGGAUAGAUGGAGGUUUGGGGGUCUGGAUGGAGGCUUUAGGAGCUGGAUGGAGGCUUUGGGGAUUGGCAGAACUCCCCUCCCAUUGCUGCGUCUGGGGAAAACCCAGCCGGUAACCCAAAACCAAGAGCAGGUGGAUGGGAGGACGGGCCGACUGUUAGGCGGACGGACGGACGGACAGCUAGCUCAGACGCGGCUCCAGGAGCAGGUGCCGUGGACGGACGGACGGACGGACAGACAGACGGAUGGACGGACGGACGGACGGACGAGGAACCCGGUGACGCAAGCCGCCCCCGCGGUGACGCUCCACACCCUUCACCGGGGCAGGGCCGGCAGCGUCAGGGGAAAAAAAAAAAAAAAAAAAAAAAAAAUAAAAAAAAAAAAAAGAAAGAAAGAAAGAAAAACAAAACCACCCCAGGGGCAAACGCGCCGGGGCAAGGUGCGUGCGGGCGGCGGACCUUGCCCUGCAGAGCCCAGCGCCGCGGGGUGACCAUGCUGGGGGUGGUCACGGCGGUGGUGGCCGGGCUGCUGCUGCUGCUGCUGCUGCUGCGGGACCGCUUGUUCCCCUUCCUCUGGGCGGACCUGGGUGCCUUCGUGGCCUUGGCGGGGGCUUCGCUGCGGUGUCACCGCCGCCUGUCCCGCCGGCCCGCCGUCACCCUCCUCGAGGUGUUCCAGGAGCACGCUCGACGCCAACCCCACCGCACCCUGCUGCUGUUCCAGGACGAGCUCUACACCUACCGGGACGUGGAGCAGCUCAGCAGCCGCGCCGCCCGCGUCUUCUCCCAGCGCUUGGGCUUGCAGCCGGGCCAGACCGUGGCCGUUUUCCUCCCCAACGAGCCCACCUACAUCUGGACAUGGUUGGCGUUGGCCAAGCUGGGCUGCGCCAUGGCGUGCCUCAACUACAACGUGCGGGGCCAGGCGCUGCUGCACGCACUCGCUGCCGCUCGGGCCACCUUCGUGCUCGCCAGCACCGAGCUCCAGGACGCCCUGGAGGAGGUGCUGCCAGACCUGCAGCGUGACGGCAUCAAGGUCUUCUACCUGAGCUCCAAGUCGCCCACGCCGGGUGUCGAGGCCCUGCUGCCUGCCAUCAAGACGGCCUCCGACGAGCCCCUGCCCGGACACUACCGCGCCAGCAUCACCGCCAGCUCCAAGGCCAUCUACAUCUACACCUCCGGCACCACCGGGCUGCCCAAAGCGGCGGUGAUCACGGAGCUGAAGCUGAUGAUGGUGGCCAACCUGGGCCGGAUCUGCGGGCUGCGGGCCACCGACUACAUCUACACGACGCUGCCGCUCUACCACUCGGCCGGGCUGCUCAUCGGGGUGGGAGGGUGCCUCGAGGUCGGAGCCACCUGCGUCCUGCGUGCCAAGUUCUCUGCCUCCCAGUUCUGGGACGACUGCCGCCGCUACAACGUCACCGUCAUCCAGUACGUGGGCGAGCUCAUGCGCUACCUCUGCAACACGCCCAAGCGCGACAACGACCAGAAGCACGGGGUGCGUUUGGCAGUGGGCAACGGCCUGAGGGCGGAGGUGUGGAAGGAGUUCCUCCAGCGCUUCGGGCCCAUCUCCAUCUGGGAGUUUUAUGGGGCCACCGAGGGCAAUGCCGGCUUCAUCAACUACACCGGCAAGAUCGGGGCUGUGGGAAGAGCAAAUGCGUUCCUCAAGAGUUUCGCUCCCUUUGAGCUGAUCAAGUACAACGUGGAGCAGGACGAACCCAUACGCGACGAGCGAGGAUUCUGCAUCCGCGUCCGCCCCGGUGAGACGGGGCUGCUGGUCAUCAAAAUCACCAAGAACACCCCCUUCUAUGGCUACGCGGGCGAUUCCAAGAAGACAGAGAAGAAGAUCUUGAGAGACGUCUUGGUCAAAGGCGACGCCUUCUUCAACAGCGGUGACCUCCUCAUGAUGGACCACGAAAAAUUCGUCUACUUCCAGGACCGUGUGGGAGACACUUUCCGCUGGAAAGGGGAGAACGUGGCCACGACAGAGGUGGAGGCCACUCUGGCCAUGGUGAACUUCAUCCAGGAGGUCAACGUCUACGGGGUGUCCGUGCCGGGGUGCGAGGGGAAGUGCGGCAUGGCGGCCAUCCGCCUGGAGCCCGGGAUGAGCUUCGAGGGCGAGAACCUCUACGCCUUCACCAGGGAGACACUGCCCAGCUACGCGGCCCCCCGCUUCGUGCGCAUCCAGGAAGCCCUGGAGAUCACGGGGACCUUCAAGCAGUGCAAAGGCAACCUCGUCAGAGAAGGCUUUGACCCCAACAUCAUCAAGGACCCGCUCUUCUUCCGCGACGAGAAGAAGAAAUCCUACGUGCCCAUGAACGCCGACAUCUACGCUGCCAUCCAGGAGGCGAAGCUCAACCUGUAGAAGGAGCCUCGCCACGGCGGGGCUGAUGCUUGCCUCGGGGUGACAGGCGAAGCCAAUCUGGGGGCUAAUCAGGCAUUUUUGCUUCCUUCAGGGAAGUUUAUAACAGCAUUGGAGCACGACGAGGGCGAGAGGCUGGUUUUGGUUCUUAGCAUCGUGCCCGGCGCCUCCGCACGGUGCUGGCUACAGAAAUUAAAGGCUUAGUUCUCAUUAUCUGGGUCCAGACGGGUGCCUGGAUGACGAGGGAUGUUUUCUGGGGACCAGCCUGUGGGUUUUCCCCUUCAGAUCGUGCCCCCAAAUCCUCCCCGUUGCUGGGAGGGGAAUACUUGCUUGGUGCCAGCCUCCUGCUUGCCCAAGGGCUGGCCAUGAAGACAGAUCGUGCCCCAAAACGCUCUGUUCUUCCCACAAAUCUGGUGCAAAACUCAUGUAUUUCUCCCUGACCCGAUUUUCUGCUGGAUUGAGCACCUAAACCAGCUCAGGAAAGCAGCCCCAAGCUCCCCAAAAACGGGGACCAACACAACGCAUGCCCAACCCCGCUACUCAUCUACAAUGGCCUCGCUGAGCUGGUUUAGCUCACCAAUCCAGCUGAUUUCUCCCCCAAAACUGUUUCCUGCCAGAUCAGUGAGCAAAACCAACUCGGGCACGCUGUCCUAUACCCCCCCAGUGUUCCCAGAUGCGAGCCAUCGCCUUGG